AUGAGCUUUACGUCAUCAACGGUUUUCUUUAUUCCUUUACUAGUAUUAAUUUCUAUAGUAGUGCAUGCACGAGAAGAACAGUCUGAUGAUCCGCAUCGACAUCACCGGCAUCGCAUUCGAUCAGCAUUUCAACGCCGAAGACAGCCAGUAUGCGUUCACGGGAAGCCAGUAGAUGGUGAGUGCGAAUGUGAGGAGGAAUACACAGGCCGACAUUGCGAAAAGCGAAAGCACUGCGCUUCAUUUCGACGGUACCGGAAUGGCUCGUGUCCAGCGUGUGCUCCAGGAUACUAUGGUGAGUUCUGCGAGGAAAUCCAUUGCGUUCAUGGAGAGCCAAGCAACCUUGAGACGAAGUGUGAGUGCGAGGAGCCGUAUUCGGGUACGUUCUGCGAUGAGUUGAGCACGAAACAGGUUUACAGCUACUACAACCGUCGGGUACGUUGA